AUGAUCACGUGCAAAAUUGGAGAGACUUCUCAGCUGCUCGAUAAUCGGCUGUUCGAUUCUGCAAACAUCUCAGUUGAUCAGACUAGGGAUCAAGAUGUUGUUUUUCUAUCUCUGCACAGGAGAGAGUUGUAUCUCUUUUUGGGUUUAGUCAUUUGCUUCACUUUUAUGAGGUUUACAUCCAUUGAAGCGAUUCUUGAAGAUGUUCUUGUAACACAUCUUCCUGGUUUCAAAGACGCCUUCCCAUCAAAACACUAUUCAGGGUACAUAGAAAUAGACAAUGAAAGGUAUCUAUUCUACUACUUUGUCGUUUCUGAGAGAGAACCGAAGAAUGAUCCUAUUGUUUUAUGGCUCAAUGGAGGACCUGGAUGUUCUAGUUUUGAUGGAUUUGUCUAUGAACAUGGUCCAUUUAAUUUUGAAACUGGAAAGCCACAUGGAAGCCUACCAACAUUGCGUCUCAAUCCAUAUAGUUGGUCCAAGGUUUCAAAUAUUAUUUAUUUGGAUUCUCCCGUUGGUGUUGGGUUCUCUUACUCUAAAGGCAAAACCAAAUACGUGACUGGAGAUCGUAAGACUGCUAUUGAUACACAUACAUUCUUGGUAAAGUGGUUUAAGCUAUACCCAGAAUUUGUGAAUAACUCAUUUUAUAUUGCUGGAGAAUCGUAUGCUGGUGUUUAUAUACCAACUCUUGCUGUAGAAAUAAUACAAGGUAUCAAAGAUGGUAUUGAAACCAAAAUUAAUUUCAAGGGCUAUAUGGUGGGAAAUGGGGUGAUUGAUGUCACUGACAUAGCAUUUCAUACUGAUGUUAAAAUUCAAUUUAUGAAUGGUAUGGGACUGAUCUCAGAUGAUCUUUUUGAGGAUAUUCAAGUUGCUUGUAAAAUGGAUAAUGACAAAGACCAGUGUAACUAUUACCUUAGUAAAGCUGCCAAGAUAAUUGAUGGUAUGAACAAGUAUAAUAUCCUAGAACCCUGUUACCAUCCACCAAAAGAAAAUGGAAAUUCGACAUCAAUGCCUCUUCUGGUGAGGAAUCGAACGAUCGAUCUUAACAAUUUUGCGGGCUUAUGGACUAAUAGUAAAGGAAUUGAUGAUUGCUUUAAUGAUGAAGUUGCAACUACAUGGCUAAAUAAUGCAUUAGUGAGGAAAGCAAUCCACGCAGAGCCGGUUGAUAUGAUCGGACAUUGGGUCAUUGUCUCAGAAAACAUUCUUAAUAGUUAUGAAAAAGAUCUCGGGAGCAUGAUUCCGUACCAUAGAGAGCUAACAACGGCAGGGUAUCGCGCACUUAUAUAUAGUGGAGACCAUGAUAUGAUUGUUCCAUUUACUGGAACCCAAAGAUGGAUUAAAUCACUUGGAUAUGAGAUCGUUGAUGAAUGGAGGCCAUGGUUAGUGAAUGACCAAGUUGCCGGAAUUAUACAAGGAUAUAACCAUGAACUCACAUUUCUCACCAUUAAGGGUGCCGGGCAUAGAGUCCCUAACAGCAAGCCACAAGAGGCAUUGCAUUUCUAUAGCCGUUGGUUGGACGGAGAGCCCAUAUGA